AUGAGCUUAAGUACUGACACCAAUGAGAGGGACAGGUCAGCUGCAGGAGAGCUUCAGGUGUCCUCUUACAGCUUUACAACAGCUAUCAUGCAACUGAUACAUCUGGAAGCUGCAGUCAUACUUGGGAUUGUUAUUCCCCAGAUAUUCAGCAUCAGCGUGUCGUCUCCACUUUCUGACUGUUUGGCUUCUGUGGAUACCUGCAUGUCAAAUUUAUGCAAGCGUGAACCAGCAUUUUACGUCGGCAUCUGUGGAGAUGACGGGUGCCAAAUAAAAGGCUCAGACACAUGUAACAUGACCAUCCAGACCAUACUGAACCAAUUUCCCACUCUGCAAGGGUGUGUGUGUGCCUGGGAGGAGGAGCUUUGUGACUCCAUACAAGCGUUGGCCACACAAUGCCACCAAAAGCCAGUAUAUGAUGGUGCUGGAUCCUGCAUGGACCAAAUGACAAUUUGUCUCAGUGAUGCAGUUUGCAACAGGUACCUGGCACCUGUUCUUCAGGAAUGUACGGCAAAGUGCAACCUUGAUCGCUGUCAGGAAGCAACUCAGCAGUUUUAUGGUAGCAUGCCGCACAACGUCGCAGAGAUGCUGGUCAUGUGUGAGUGUGAGGCUUCAGACGAGGACUGCCUGGAUAUGAAAAAUCUUCUGCACGGUGGCACAUGUGGAGAUGAGCCUCAGAUCUGCCAGGAUACAAUUAACCUGUGUGUUGAUGACAGUAACUGCAGAGACCUGUUGAGAAUUUUCCAAACCAAAUGCUGGAGCUCUGAAGAAGCACAAUGCCGCGACCUCCAAAACAAUGAAUGUUUCACCCUGAUGGAUCCAGCCCUUAUCGUUGGUGCAGAUUCUGAAUGUAAAAUGGCCUUCUUGGACACUUUGGGCACAGCACUUCACUAUCCUUGUACAUGCAAAGGAGUGAGCAAUGACAAUAUACUGAUGUGCAACAUGAUUCAUGAUGUACUUCAUAAUAGAUCACACUUCAGUGAGUAG